UUACACGAACACUUUGAGGAAGUCUGUUUCCCACCGAGCAACCAGUCUCUGAGAACCUCGUCUGACCAGGCUACCUACAGACUUGUUCAGGUUCCAGAAGAAGCACAUUUUGCAGAGACGUUUGACUCAGAUCCUCUAGAUAGGAGAUGGGUCCAAUCCAAGGCUGUGAAAGAGACAGAUGCUGAGGCUCUCAAAUACGAUGGCCAAUGGGUGGUGGAAGAGCCAGCGGCUGCAAUGUAUCCUGGGAAUAGAGCACUGGUGAUGAAGUCAUCAGGACGACACCAUGCCAUCGCUGCCUACCUACACACACCCUUCAACUUCAUGCACACACCUCUCUGCCUGCAGUAUGAGGUGAGGUUCGGGAGAGAUGUAGAGUGCAGUGGAGCCUACAUCAAACUGCUGACUCAGACCCAUCUGCUACGACUGAGCCAGUUCAGUGAGUCCACUCCGUACUCUGUGAUGUUUGGUCCUGAUAAGUGCGGCACCAGCCACCGCCUCCAUCUCAUCGUCAGGGUAACGGACUCUAGCAACGGCCGUAACCAAGAGAUACACGCCCCCCAACCCGUCGAUGACCUGACGGUGUACUUCACCGACCGACAACCACACCUCUAUACACUACAAUUGUAUCAAGACAGCAGGUAUGAGAUUUUCAUUGACCAAUCGCUGAUCAGUCAAGGCCGCCUGCUGACAGACGAAGUCCAGUACACAGAAUCCCCUGACAGCCAACCAGAGUCCCCGGUGUCUGGAUUAGGGGUGGGGUCAGUCGCGGCGCUGGGUCUGGAACUGUGGUCAUUGUCGGGGGAAGUUAUGUUUGACAAUUUCCUGUUGACUGAUGACCUGAAGCUGGCUGAGAGAUGGACACAGGAUACCUGGGGACGGAAACAACCCGGCCUGUUGGAGAGACUACUGAUAGCAACUAACUCUCGUCCCUGGCUCUGGGGUGUCUACAUCUUCACGGUGGGAUUACCCAUCAUCCUCUUCAUCAGCUACAUGUGGCCGGACAAGAGAUUCGGGCCCCCUGACCAGGACUACUACUAUAAGAAGUUUGAUGAACCUCAGCCAGACAGACAACCAGAGAGAGACCAGCCAGACAGACCAACCAGCCUCUCAGACUAUGGUGCGGUGAGCAGAGAGGGGGCCAGGAGGAGAGAAACUCAGAAGGUUCAGAGGAAGUCAGACCUGGAGGUUGAGAAUGAGUGAAAAUCCCUGGCCAGCCUGAGGACUAACCAACCCUAACCAGCCUGAGGACUAACUAGAGCUGUGGCGGUCACGGAAUUUCGUCAGCCAGUGAUUGUCAA